UGCCAAGGGGAGUCCCAAACAACGUCGGCUGUACAGCCAUUUUCUCGACGCGUGAUUGACAUGCGGUUGACACCUGGUUAGCUAGGAAUUUCUUAUUAACUGGAUGCGAGUCUAGACACUCAAUGUCAAGUGUGUGUGUGUGUGUGUGUGUGUGUGUGUGUGUGUGUGUGUGUGUGUGUGUGUGUGUGAGUGGGUGUGUUUGUGUGUUGUCUGUCUGUGUUGUUUGUCUGUCUGUCUGUGUUGUUUGUCUGUCUGUCUGUGUUGUUUGUCUGUCUGUCUGUGUUGUUUGUCUGUCUGUCUGUGUUGUUUGUCUGUCUGUCUGUGUUGUUGUCUGUCUGUCUGUGUUGUUGUCUGUCUGUCUGUGUUGUUGUCUGUCUGUCUGUGUUGUUGUCUGUCUGUCUGUGUUGUUGUCUGUCUGUCUGUGUUGUUGUCUGUCUGUGUUGUUUGUACAUCUGUCUGUGUUGUUUUUUUUCUGUCUGUUUGUCUGUCUGUGUUGUAUGUCUGUCUGUCUGUGUUUUUUUUUCUGUCUGUUUGUCUGUCUGUGUUGUAUGUCUGUCUGUCUGUGUUGUAUGUCUGUCUGCCUGUGUUGUAUGUCUGUCUGUCUGUGUUGUUUUUCUCUCUGUCUGUGUUGUUUAUUUGUCUGCCUGUGUUGUUUGUCUGUCUGUCUGUGUUGUUUGUCUGUCUGUCUGUUGUUUGUCUGUCUGUCUGUGUUGUUUGUCUGUCUGUCUGUGUUGUUUGUCUGUCUGUGUUGUUUGUCUGUCUGUCUGUGUUGUCUGUUUGUUUCUGUCUGUUUGUCUGUCUGUGUUUUUUUUCUGUCUGUUUGUGUGUGUGUGUGUGUGUUGUUUGUUUGUCUGUCUGUCUGUGUUGUUUGUUUUUCUGUGUUGAUUGUUUGUCUGUCUGUGUUGUCUGUCUGUCUGUCUGUGUUGUUUGUCUGUCUGUCUGUGUUGUUUGUCUGUCUGUCUGUGUUGUUUGUUUGUCUGUCUGUGUUGUUUGUUUGUCUGUCUGUGUUGAUUGUUUGUCUGUCUGUGUUGUUUGUCUGUCUGUCUGUGUUGUUUGUCUGUCUGUCUGUGUUGUUUGUUUGUCUGUCUGUGUUGAUUGUUUGUCUGUCUGUCUAUCUGUCUGUGUGUGUCAAUUUCUAAUUUAUUUUAUUCAAUAAUAAACAACAACACUAACAA